GCGCAUGAUCACUAAUUUCCAAGCAAAUACUAUCACUUACCGUAAACGUUGGAAAGUAUUUAUUUAUUUCAUGGAAGUUUCUAGUGGGCAAUGUCUUUCCAUGUGAAAUCAAAAAAACAUUGCGGAUUGAAAAUGAACGAUCUCACGGAGAUACAGUAAAAAAGUUAUCUCCUAGGUCAUGAAAAUGGUUUCAGGCCAUAGAACUUCUUCAGUUAAUUUAUGUUGUUUUUUCUAGUGAUAAAUGUUAAAUAGAUAAGUUAUUGUCUAGUGAAGUGAAAAUGGCGUCAAUAGAGAAUUAAUAUUACUUUUUAAUAAGUUUAAACAUCUUCCUAAGAUACACAAAAUUCUGUAACCAAAAUGGCUGCCAAGUUCCCUGAGCAAAAUUUUUACAAUUUCAAACCUUCAACAAAAGCAGGGAAACAAUUUGAUAGGGGUAAAAAAAACUCAUUAAUGAAUGGUUUUGAAAAUAAAGAUGGAAAUUCAAAUGGUGAAACCAGCAUGCUAGAGUCUCAUAGUAAGGAGUAUGGAGGCAACAGUCCUCAUUUGACAAAUGGUGUUUCAAAAGAUAAGUCUGAUGAUGAUGAUACAAAUGAUGCUCUUACUAAUGGGGAUAGCAACAUUAGUAUAAACUCUACGAAUUAUGAAAAUCACACUGGUUUGAAUUCUGCUAAUAAUAAGAAUGACUUUGGGGAAAAAACCCCUCUUCCUUCUGAAGAUAGUUAUCUUGGAAUGUUCGUAGAGAUAGAAGAACCUGUCUUUGUUAAAUGCAAUAACUGUAGAAGAACAUUUAUUCAGACUGCCUUUACAGAUCAUAAAGUACGCUGCCAACUUACCCAGGCACAGGCUCCUACAGAUACAGUAACUGAGAAUCAGAAUGUCAAAUCAAAUAAUAAACCAAAGAGACGACAGCCUCUCAAUAAAUCUAAGAAAGCGACAGAUUUGGCAAAAAUAGUUCAGGAAAAGUCAUUAGUAAAUGGUAAUAUUGAACAGCAUACACUUACAAGACGUACCAGUCCACAUAUUUUGGAAAAUGAAAGUUCGUCGUCAAGUUCAAUCCGUUCAAUCAAUUCUGAUAAAGUAGAAAACCUUAACCAUAAUUCAACUUCUGAAUCUGACCCAAGGCAAUCUUCAAAUAAUUGUUCUAAAUUAGAAUUACAAUCUCAAUUCAAAGCAAAUUGCUCAACUUCAUUCUGGGAGAAAAAUUGUGUAUUAGAUACAGUAAAUGAGAAACAGGAAGGCAAUAGUAAAUCAAAGGAACGAGUAGAUUCAUUAAGUACAGAUACAGUAAAUGAGAAACAGGAUGCCAAUAGUAAAUCAAAGGAACAAGUAGAUUCAUUAAGAACAGAUACAGUAAAUGAGAAACAUGAUGCCAAUAGUAAAUCAAAGGAACAAGUAGAUUCAUUAAGAACAGUUCUAGAAAAGUCAUCGGAAAAUCAAAUAAAUGAGCAGCCUGCAUUUACAGGACAUAACAGUCCUCAUAUUUCAGAAAAUUGUAGUAUGUUGUUAUCAAGUUCAAUCCUAACAAGAACUGAUGAGGUAGAAAUUCCUCCUACUCCUGAAUCUGACUCUGACGGACGGACGGACUCUGAAUCUGACGGAAGGCAAUCUUCCGUGUCUAGCUCCAGUAAUUGUUCUGAAUAUGAAUUACAAUAUCAACCCAAAGCAAUUAAUUCAACUUUGUUCUGGAAGGAAAAUUACGUACUAGAUACAGUAAAUGAGAAACCAAGGAAACGAGUAGAUUCAUUAAGAAGAGUUCACUCACUUCCCGAUGUCUCAGAUUACACCCAAAUGCUAAGCAGGAUUGAUGCCGAAGAAGUGUCAUCGGAAGAAGAUUAUGCUGUUUCAGAAAUUGAUGCAGCCGUUAGCUCAGAUAAUAUUGAAGAAAUUGAUACACAUGAUGAUACACUCUAUGGACAUGUUAAUGAAGCGGAAAAAGUUAUUGCUAGCAGACAAGUUAUAAUUGAGAAUCGGAAAAUAUCUUCAGACACUAAAUUAAAAUUGGGCAAAAAACAAGAAAGAUUAACUUUUAGGGAAAAAGAACCAAUUUUACCUGAAUUAAAACGCAUCCUAAAUAGAAAGAAUCUGAAGACUGUUGAUUCUUCAUUAAAAGGUGCAAAAAGUUCUAGCUCUAGUUCAUCAUCUGACUUUAACAAGCUUUGUAAUACAUUGAAGUUAAUUAAAGAUAAAUUAGAAAUUUCUGAGGAAGAAAGAUCAUGCCAAAGUUCUGGAAUCUCUAAGGGGACAAUGGAAUCAAAUUUUGUGAGAAAUCCUUUUAUUAGUUUGCAAUCUACUAAACAGCCAAAAUCUAUUUUGCGUAAACCCUCACAUAGUUUUCCAAAUGAUAGCAAAGAAAGCGGAAAUACGCCUAGUUCAGAGUUUUCUAUCAUUGAUUAUACUGCUCAACAAAAUGUUCCAACCAACAAUAUGACUGUUCCUAGACAAUCAAGUUAUUCUGCUCAAGAUGUUAGUUGCUUAAAUAAAAAAGGAAAUUUGUUACUUGGUUGUUCUGGUACAGGUCCUGGUCCUCCUCCUCCUAAUAAUCUGAAGAAAGCAAAGAGAAAUCUGGAAAGAGAUAAUGAUGAAAGCGAGAUUGAGAUUCGAACAAAGAAAUCUAAACCAAGAUGAAGUAAAACAAAUAUUUUCAUGUUGAUGGCACAAAUAUAAAUGAGCAGAAAUGUUCAUAAUGAAUUACUACAGAAGAGAUCCUUGAGGGCCAUUUCAAGCCUGAUUGCUGCUUGAGGAAAACCACAUCUAGAGUGGUUUUAAUUAGAUAUCACAUGAAUGAUAUCUAAGUUUCCCUCCCUGCUACAAAAGGCUAAGCAUCUCACUGGCCAGGCAUAGCUGUGUGGUCUGCUAUAGACGAUGUUUAACCUUUGGAAUAAAGUCGCAUGUAGGAAUGCCAUACUGUAUAAAAUCAUACAGUUGGGAGUUGAUUUAGAUCAUCCAUCUGCUGGUUACUGAUAAUCUAUUUGAUAGUCGGUAAUGAAGUAUUUUACUUCUCAAGAUCCUUAUGCAGAUCCUGGUAUAUUUUAAUGCCUUAUGUCUUCUGAAAUUCUAAUCAUUUAGAAAUGGUUUCAGAAACACUGUUAUUUGCCUUUUCAUUAAUUUCUGUAGAAAAAAAAUCAAUUUGUUUAAAUGUCAUGUUUAAUGUCCUAGCAAACAGUCUUGCAAUUUGAAUACUCAUUUGUUUUUUAAAAAAUAUUUAAAUAUAGGUGGGAAUCUACUUAAAAGAAAUUUGGGACCAUUAAUAAAUCCUUCGCAAAUCAUUUAAUCGUCAAAGUGAAUCCCUCACAAAUUAUUUUAUCACAAGAAUGCACAGAUUAUUUCGGUAUAAAAGCAGACCCUUCCCAAAAAAUAUAAUCCCAAAACUGGAUCUCCACAAUAUUUUUUAGUUUAAAAAAAGUCAUUUUACAAAACUGUUCGUUUGAAAAAUGAAAUUAAUAUUAUCAUUAAUUCAUAAUUUGAUUUUAGUACUCCUUGAAAAGCAUUGUUUUGUGUGUUUUUUCCCCUUUAAAAUGGGACUUUACUUUCUUGCAUACAUAUAAACUGAAUCAUGUCAAAAUAAGAAAGAAUAGGAUUCCAUGCUAAGAUUCAGAUAAUUAGGAUUAGAUUUUUCUCAAAAAUUUUAUAUUUACGUAUGAGUAGAUUUUCUAUAUAAUUUCCCAAAAACAUGACCAUUUACAAAAAGUUUAGAAUCACUUCUUAAAUAUUUAAUUAAGCAUUUUUUCAUGAUACAAAUUUUCUAAAAAAUAAUUGCCUUACUUAGACAUGUAUUUAUUGCUUUAAUGUUUAUUGUGGCUUUUUUUUUAUGCGGUUUUUAUUAGGGAUGUAACAAAUAGGGAUUUGGUCAAAAGUCGAGUAUUCGACUGAUUUUUCAAAAAUAUUCACACAAAAAAAACAUUUUAAAAAUGAUAUAUUAAUAUUUUCAUAUUUUCGUGUAUAUAAAUAAGUUUUAGUGAUUAAUAAAAAAUACUCAAAACUUAUCUACAUUAUUUGUGCGGGGUAAAGGUGAGAAAAAAAAAUUAUAAUAGAAAUAUGUAAUAGUUGUGUGUG